UCUGGCCCGGCAGCUCAUGUUGAGUUCGUCUCUAAAGUCGCUCUAACGUAAGCGUUUGCAGAAAGAUGCACUCUCCUGAUCAUUCGAUUGUCGCUGAAGUUUUAUUGAGUGAGAUAAAGGAAUCCUUUAUAGUUGCUCUAGAGCACGAGAGCUGGCUAGUCAGCCAAACAGUGCGCUAAAUGGUGACGUGCUCGCAUACACACAGUUCAAGGAAGCUUAAGAAGGAAGGCACGCUGCUUAGAGAGCUCCUUUGAUCGCAGAGAUCAAGUACAAAGAGGAUGGACGGCUUUGAUACUGGCAUACAAGAUGCCGCUAUGCAAUUCAACUCCUAUGAAGAGUACCUGGAUCAUCACAUCACGCAAACAGACAUGUUUUACCUCGAAGAUGUGGACCUAGCUCGGCAAUUGGUGGAGCUGGGGUACCGAGGGAAUGGCGAGAUCCUCAGAAGGGAGGACUUUGAGGCAAGGAAGGAGGCGGCUGAGCAAGCAAGGUUGCAGAAACUGAGAAACAAGCCUAAGAAACUGUACAGCGUGGGGAAGGAUGUGGAAGGACACCCGCUUCUGAUGGCUUUGGCGCAACGAGAGGAGCCUGUGAGGAGUGGGAAGCUGGCAACUAUCAUAUUCGUCCGUGACGUCAACAGCAAAGGACAAGAGGUGUCUGCUUAUAUAGAUUACGCCCAGCGGUUAAAGACGGAGGACCUCGACCCGGUGUUUGAAUGCAAGAAGAAGUUGCUGCCGCGGCCCUCCGACCUCAGCUUCUACAACUGGGAGACGCAGACAUCGACGUCGAACGCCACGCCGAACUUUCAGGUGAUUGCCGACAACGAGGAAGGUCUGCUCUUCAAAAACAAGCGGGACCGUAAAGUAAUCAACGUCGACCCAAAAGCGAAGCCGGGUGACAACUCAGUUCGCACGGAAUUAGUGGAUCCAGAAUACAAGCAGAUAGUCCUCUUUGACCACAUAACCCGAAGGCGAAGUUAGGUCCAGGUUUCCGAUUUUGCACGGCCUACAGCGGAGAAGGCUUCCCGUGGUCCUUUGCUGUCCUCGUUCCAGCACUCAAUGUAUUUAUUGCCUUUCCGAGUAUUCGCACUCGAGCCAAAACCAAGACUAAGAAACCACGAAGCGGCGCUUGUCAGAGUGUUGUGUCCAUGUCUUGAGCUGCUCUAGAUUGGUGUCCAGAGGGUUUUGGGGGUAGUUUGCUAAAUCUGCUGCAUGGGCUCUGCCAGAACUGAAUCUGUGGAGCUAUACACAGGACGGUCAAAGGUAAUCCGCUGGUGCAUCCAUCCGCUCAUGCAGUGUUAGCAUGAAGUGCAUGAACGGUGCGGCAUAGCGUUUCUUCGUCGCAAAACAGGUCGUAUGACUAGCGAACGGGUACUCAGAUACCGGUUAUUGAACAAGCAAACAGACCUGUAUUAUGAGCCGCUGAGCGGAACCAGAUAGCCUUACCGUUGCUCAGCUGCUCUUCGAGGAGCUACGGCAGUUUAAUCGCCUCAAUAAUUUAGCUGGG